UUUCCCGGAACUUUCGAUUUUUCAUUCAUUUGUCUUCUUUUAAUGCAACAAUAACAAAUAUUUUACUACAAACCAUGGCAGCAAGCGAUAUUACAAAAUUAGAUCUAUAUUCACUCCUUCAAAUAGAUGAAACAGCCACUAAGAAAGAGAUUAUUUCAGCGUACAGAAAAAAAGCUCUGAAAUGCCAUCCUGAUAAAAAUCCAGACAAUGCAAAUGCAGCACUAGAGUUUCAGCAGUUAUCCAAGGCUCUUGAAGUUUUAACCGAUACAUCAGCAAAGGCAGCGUAUGACAAGAUAUGGCGAGCUAAAAAAGCUGCCAUAGUAAGAAAUAAAGAACUUGAUAGUAAACGGAGAAAACUCAAAGAAGACUUAGAAGCCCGAGAAAAUGCCUAUGAGCAACAAAGAGCUAAAGAAGCAGCGUCGUAUAUAAAUUUACAAGCUGAGAUUGAACGUUUACAGAAAGAAGGUUCUAAAUUAUUGGCUGAAGAACAAGAAUAUCUAAACGAACAAAUGAGGCAGGAAAAAAUGAAUGAGGAAGAGUCAAAACCCAAGACAAAUCAAACUUCAUCAGAGCUUCUUCCCCGAUUAAAGAUCAAAUGGAAAUCCAAGAAAGGAGAUAUUUCAAAUGGUGGCUAUACAGCAGAUAUUUUGGAGGAAUUGUUUUCUAAGUAUGGGGAAGUUACUGCCCUGGUUGUAUCAAGUAAGAAAAAUGGCAGUGGAAUUGUGGAGUUCAAGUCCCUGACUAUGGCUCAAAAAGCCUUAUUGUGUGAACAUGGACUUGAGAACAAUCCAUUAACUUUGUCAUGGAUAGAUGCACCACCUCCAUCUACUGUGCCUGAAUGCGAAAAUGAAACAAAAAAGAUGCCUCACAAAAUACCAACUCCGUUGGCUUUCCAGGCUAAUUCUUAUCAAGCUAAUUCUUACCAGCCAAUGACCUCUGAUGAAAGAGCCUUUGAAAGUUUGGUUCUGCGUAAACUUCGACAGGCUGAAGAAAGAAAAAGACUUACUGAACAGAUAAUGAAGGAAGAUGAAGCAGAGACUUAGCUCCGAUCUAAAACAGCUAUUUUUGCUUUGUUCAGGAACAUUCUGAUACAGUAAACAAUUGUUUCUUUGUUUACAUGCCGAUUUGAUAUUUUGUCAAAUGACUUUCUCUUCCGUGAAGAGGCUAAUUAAUCUAAUAAAAUAAUAAUAAUAAAUGUGA